CAUCCUCGAAGAUGUAGCUGACAUUGGUACAGAUAUUGUACAACUAUGCCUAUGAGCCACUUCAAAAGACUAUGGAUCUCAUCAGUCUUUAUAAUACUAGCUUCGCCGAUGCAGGCAGCUCCCACUGUCUCUUCCACACCAAACUCGCUCCCGCAAGCGCUUCAACAGAAUGUACCCCAAUGCGCACAAUCAUGUUUACGGUCUUCGCUGGACGAAAGAUUUCCCGUAGCAUGUUCUGGUCAAGAGAGUCUUCAAUGCCUCUGUUCUCGUUAUAGUAAUGUCGGAGAGUCACUUGGCGAAGUGGCUCUCGGCUGCAUCUACCUAUCGUGCCCCAUGGACGAUGCCCAGGCAUCACUCAGUUCAACCUACGGGAUUUGUCUGGGGCAAAAAGAUGCGGUCAUGCCGACCAAGAGUGUUCUCACGUACGUCGUGACCAGCGCAACUCGCACCAUGUCGCCGACUAUCAGUCUACCAACCACAACGAGCACACCCAUCAUCACAUCCUCUUCACGAAUUCAAAGCAGCUCUACACAGAACGCUUUUGCCGAUACUGUUUCUUCACUCCCGUCUGCUACUUCGUCGGCAACGUCUUCGCCUGUCGCAGCAACCACGGCUUCGAACAAUCCUCCCAGGAUGACACCUGCGCAGAUUGCUGGACUUUCCGUAGCGGCAGUAGCAGCUUUUGUUAUGGCUAUUGGGCUAAUGGCGCUCAGUGUUUGCUUGCGCAGACGAAAGGAGCGACGAGUGGUCUUCGAUGGAGACGAAAAGGGAGAGACUCAGCGAGGAAAGCAACUUUCGACAAGAUUCUCGCACUAUGUCCAAGUAGGACACGGUACUGAACUACCGAAGCAAUUCCCCUCGGCGCCUCCGCGAGCUCUUCGCAGGGGCAGCAAGCAGGGCCCAGCACAUCCAGCGCAACGACUCGGGGUGGGAACUUCCAACAGUUCCUCGAAUUCCUCGUUGCCACUGGAUCAGAUAGGUCUGGCCAUCAGUGCCGAGCUGGAUGGAAAGCCCGUGGUAUCUCAGAAGGCGCCAAACCCCAGCACAACGCAUCAAAAGGCACCUCUCGCGGCACAAUCGCAUACCAAUGCAGUCUUUCGGCCUGUCAGUACGAUGACUCAGGAGACUGUCUUCGAAGAAGAUGAGACCUCGCCACACCGGAGAUCCUCGAUGCUGUUGCCCACGCCUCCAGUACCUAUUCCUCCGAUCCGCGCUCUACAGCCCUCUAGACGAGCACCAAACUUCGCCGUCAACCAGCGUUCAGUAGGACGUGGAUCCGAGUUGUUUCUCAAUAUCCCUGUUCGUCACGAGAGGCCCCAGCCGAAGCAGAUUGCUGCGGCAGCGACACGUUCUCAUGGUGCACCAUUACCACCUCCAGUGCAGCCUGCAACACGCCCGCGCUUGGCACCACCUUUCCAGAUGACGUCUACAGCUACUUCGUACGAAUCAAAAGCCACAACUGCUAGCUCGCGCAACGCAAGUACAUCCGGAGACAUCAUCGACUAUUACUUUUCUACUGGCCAGAGCCGAGACCAGACACCCAAGGCCAGUCCAGCGCACAUCGUCCGCCCAAAAGAGUCACCGAAGACUGUACAAAUCAAACCCAAGAAGUCGCACGGUAGCACACUGUCGCGCACUACAUCGCGCACUUCGACAAACCUGCGCGAUUCCCUGAACAGUCAAACAUCUUUUGAGACGACAAAUGCCAACGACUCCACACCUGAAGAUGAGGACGAAGACAAGCAACUAUCGGAUGACAGUGCCAGCAACAAACAGCCACUAUCACCUGUCGCUGAGUCGCCAAUCUCCAAGCUGCGAUACCCAAAGGUGCCUCGGUCUUCAAAUCAGCUGGUACCUCGUAGCCCAAAGGGUUCACCACAGCAGCAGAACUUCAGAAGCCCGCGUAGAGCCCCAGACGCGUCAACACUCCUCCAGAAACGCAACAACGCUCUUCCGCCACUACUACUCGAGUCUCGGCCUAGACUAGAGAGCCCUCACAGAGACCCAUUUACGUCCCCGCCGCGUGUGACCAGCCCUCCGCGCAGAGCUCGCUCACACAUGCGCAGCAAUAGCACAGAGUCGUGGAGCACGACACCUGCUUCAAAGACGGGCAUCGACCGUAAGAGUCGCGUGCAGAGUGGCACUUGGGGUAGAAGCCCAGUCAUGUACGAAGAAGACGUCGUGCGGCCGUUGAACGUGAGGAGGAAGAGAGACGAGAUGUCCGAGUUGAACAUCGGCAGAGAUGUAAAUGUUGAUUUCGACCGGGACGGGUUGAAGAGUCCUGCAUGGGUACCCCGACUCACGCCGAGGAAAAAGGGCGAUGACUUGUUCCUAGAGGUCGGGUGGAGAUGAGGAACUGUGAGGUGAAGUUCGAUUCUUGACUACACACCGUUUUUCUUGUGUAUAGAUUUUCCUAAUGAAUGAUGAUGUUGGAGAUGGGAAAGGGCGCGGAAUUCGACAAGACUGUCAUUUUCUUUACAUGUUUGUAUAGUACGAGAUAGAUACCCACAGCGCUCAUUUAUUCUUUUACGUAUGUUGAGAUUGUAAUAAUACACU